AGUAGAUUUUUUGCUUGACGUGGGGAAAAAGACCUUCCAAAAGCAGAUACUGUAAACACAAAACUGUACAGCAUGCAUCUGACUUCCACAUUUGCACUCCUGCUAUGUGUGUUUAGGAGCUCAAGUUUUUACAUACCUCUUCUCAUCCUCCCCCAGUUCAUGUUUCUAAAAACAAAUCUGAGUUUGCUUCUAUAACAUUCCGGUGCCUAAAGGUGUUCAGAAGAAGGUAAGUAUCUCUGUACAUGUUUCAAGGUGGUUUCCUAAAAUUCUUCCAGAAACAGUAAAAACCAGUGCUCAGACAAUCGUGUUUCUGCAUGAGAGCAGUUGGCAUUUUCCACAGAUAUUGGUAGGACAAACUGUUGGAUGAGAACAUUUUUACAUUCAGUUAAGCUUUGUGAAUAAUUUUUGAUGUCGCUAUAGAUAUGUACAAAAAGAAUACUGUAAAUAAAAGAACUUUACCAGAACAUCUAGAUUUUUCUCAGCUUCAUGGAGAAACCUCAGCUUUCUGUGCCAGCUUCUCUGCAGACUGACAGUUGCUAGCCUGAGAUUCACAGUGGGAACAAACUUGUUUGCUGGUCAGCCAGAUCUUUACCGACUUCAUUUAGGUAACAGCAUCUUAUGAGUUACUUAUGUAUUUGCUUGCAGAACCAAAGCAAAGUUCUUCAAGUUGGCAUAAUACCAAUCACCAGGAUUUCUGCUGUUCUUGUGCCAUUUCUCUUUUAAAAAGCAGUCUUAAUUUUGAUAAGUAUGUCAAGUCUAUGUAUCAGUGUCCAGCAGCGGUAGUGCUUCUCUCAAAGGUUACAUGUGUUAAAAGAAACGAAUAGUUUGGCAUGCUAGUUGUCAGGGUAGUGGUCUCUCCCACUCAGAAAGUCAAAUGAGACUUAUUUGGCUGUUGUUUAUAUCACAGAUUUGCAUUUUAGUUAUGAAAGAAGCCAAAUGAUCUGCUUAAAAGCAUAUUGUGCCAAUAUAUUCUUAAGGAAAACAUCUCAUUUUUUAAAACUUGUUCUUGCAGACUUAAACCUGCAGUAGAUCUAAUUGCAUUAGGUGCUGCACCUCCACGAAACUGCUGAAGCAGUGACAGAACAGGCAGAGGAAGGAAUAAUUGAGGUGAAUGAAAGUAGAUUCUUGAAGACCAGAAAAUGGGUUUAACAGGAGUGUCUUUGGUAAUCCUAAAGUGUAAGCACAUAUGUGUAAACAUGCAAAAUUUCAGUAGCGGUUAAAAUCAUCUGGACUUUACUGAAGGCUUAUUCCUACAAAAAGAAAGAUGCAGGGGGCAUCCAGGGUGCAGUUUGCUCUGCUGAGCUGGUGCUGGAGGCAGGGGAGCCCCUGCCAACGUUCAGCAGAACCAUGUCCCCUGCAGGUACUAGACAAUGUCACCUUAAGUUGCCAGGGGCACUAGGAGAGCUGACGUGCCAAAAGCCAAAUCCUCAAGCAGCAGAGACCUUGGGCAGCUGGGGGACCAAGCUACCAGACAUUAUGUGUCUGCAUCUGGAGCCCAGUGACCCCCCCCCCAGGCAUGUGAAGGGACGAGUUGAGCAGCAGCCGUGCUCAAAAGCACAUCGUCCUGGGGUGUGCUGGGCACAGCACUGGCCUCUCACUGCAAAUAAGGUUAAAACCAACCAACCUUCAAAACCUGAGCUGCCUUUGGAGUAGGGCCAGCAGCUCAUCGCCUCUCCUGGGUUCUAGGCAGGGCUGUGGGGAGCUGGGCAGGUUUGACAGACAAAGGGAAGGCAGAGAGGCUCCAACUGCAGCUGCUGCUGCAUGAAUGGGAAUUCGAGAAGACCGAGCUGAACUUCCUGUCUGCAGGGGACUUCGAUAAGAGAGUGGGGCGGGCUGGGCUUGGCUUCCGCUCCCCCUGGCAUUGCCAUGGCUGCCAUAGCAGCGUUAGGGUGCUGCCAUAGCAGCGUUGGGGUGCUGCCAGCUGCUGCACAGGUACUGAUGGGCCCUGUGUGGGGACAGGCUGCUGAAAGCAAACGGCAAGUUCGGGCUAGCAGCAGCACCCUGCCUCUGUGAAAAGGAUUGAACAGCAACUGGAUUCAUGUAAUUAGAGGACAUCUGCAGUGCUUUGCACUUGGGACUGCUGCUCAGAAGACCCUUGUUCCUGCAGAAGGAUGGCUGCAAAGAAGAAGGAAGUAGUACUGCAGAUUAACAUCAAUAGCCAGGAGCUUUGGGAAGAAAUGCUGUGUCUCAAAGGACUCAUUGUUGUUGAUGUGUAUCAAGCCUGGUGUGGUCCAUGCAAAACAGUAGUGGAUCUUUUCCAAAAAAUAAGGAAUGAAGUUGGCAGUGAUCUCCUGCAUUUUGCUGUGGCUGAAGUUGAUUCCAUUGACAGUCUGGAAAAAUACAGAGGAAAAUGCGAGCCUGUCUUUCUGUUUUAUGCAGGAGGAGAAUUAGUAGCUGCAGUAAGAGGAGCAAAUGCACCAUUGCUGCAGAAGACCAUCCUUGAACAGCUGGCUGUGGAAAGGAAGGUUUUAGAACAUGGAAGACAGCGUGUGGUAGUACAAGACAGAGCCUUCUCCAAAGAAGAGGGAAAAGUGGCUGUUCUUCAGGAACAGUGGAAGGCUAAAUAGGUGAGGUAGGUACAGCUGUAGGAUGCUCUUUUUUGCCCUUAGCAUCUGCAUUUGCUAAAGCUGGAACCCUAAAUGAUGAUUCAGCUGCUGCUGCUCCUUGAGUGCUGGAGGGGACAUUCCUCCAAAUGGGCACCACGUGCUCUUCCCCACUCUCUAACAGAGCAAUACUAAGGAUAUAUCACCUUGAAACAGUCUUUGUAGGCACAAAUAAGAAAGCAAGGUAGCUUAGGUGCCUGAUACCAUUGAACUAUUUAUCCUUCCAAUGGUUUAAACUGCAUUUGUCAGUACUGACCUUUCCCCUGAGCUUGGUGAGGGCUUUCUUCUGUCUUUAAUAACAAAUACUGAACUAGCUGCACAUGCUGCUCAGCUGUUCCAAGUGGCUUUUAGAAGAAAACACGUUUGGGCACCAAAUCUUAUUACACCAGCUCUUGCCUUGUCUAAAAUUAGCCACAUAUUCCCAAAGGCUUUUGCCUCUCACCAGACUUCUAACCUACAGUGACACUCGCUUUGGCUUUGCUGGGACGCAGCUGCAGUCUGCCGCUGCGCACACCACGUGCUGGCUCCCAAAAUGCUGGAAAUUGCAGCAAAACCCACUGGGCUUUAGCUAAGGCACCGUGGGUCUGGAAGGGAUGUAAUGAAUUUUGAUCUCUCAUUUCUUUACCUAUUACUAACUUUUUUCCCCUUUCCUUCCCUCGGAGGCUAAGGCACCUGUUGAUUCCCAGCCGUUGUCGUGGAGCAGACGUGGGAUUUCCCAAUAAACACAUGGAUUUUGUGCGA